AUGAGGGAUUACAAACUUAGAGAGGGUUUUAGGAAUGACCAUCUUUCGCGAGAGGCAACGCCGCUCACCGGAAGGAGGACAACGGAGGGCCCUGUGGACUGCAUCAGUCAACAGAUGCAACUGCUAUGCGGCCAAAUGGAGACGUCGUUGUCCAAUCCACCGCCAUCGCUAUCUCUGCCGACACAGCAGGUCAAGCCGCCACCCCAGUUGGCGCCCGCCACUGCAAACGGCUCCUGUGAAUCAGCCGGGGGUAUGGCUGCUGGUACGGCGGCCGCUGUUGGCGCCGUCAUGAGCAGCGGCAUGGCGUUGUACCUGCAGCUAGUGGCGGAGGCCGCCGCCGCUGGUGGUGGUGUCGGGAGUCGAGGCGGGAGUCGGGGCGGUGGCGGGGAGCAGCAGCGGCCGGCGGAGGGCAGUCGGGUUUGGAUCAAGAUGGCUGGCUACUGCCACUGGCCCGCGGUGGUGUUUUCACUUCGCUACUGCCGCAAGUCUGAGGUUCCCGACCUGCUGGCGAGCUACCAACCCGGUCGUACUCUCGUACAUUUUUACGGUACGGUACAGCAAAUGACACCUGGCUCCCAUGACCACGUGUGGGCCACUCAAGCAUCGCUGUCGUCCUGGACCACGGAAAGGGAGGUCCGCCUAGCCGCACUCAAGGCGGCGGCGAGGAGCUCCAAAGUCGCCGCUGCCACCCUGGCUGAGCUGAGCGGCUCCCUGGGGGCUAAUGCCGCCUCCGACCGCGGGAGGGAGCUCGAGAGGGUGGUGCAGAUGCGGGAGGUGGCGCUCGGACAGCCGCUGGGCGGGAAGGGGGGUGGCGGCAACAGUGGUGGCGGCGGCGGUGGCGGUGGUGGCAGGAAAGGCGGGAAGGCGCAGUGCGGUGGAUGCCGCGAAAGCGGGACGCAGGUCACCUGCGCGUCUUGCCGUACCGGCUUCCACACGUUGUGCCUACCGCAGCCCGACCUCAGCCCGGCGCACAUGCUGGCAACCGCAGCACUGCUUUCGGCGGCAACGACAGAACAGACAGCGCAGCCGCACCCUAUCCAACAGCAGCAGCAGCGGCAGCAUUUAGUUGUGGCCGUGUGGAUCUGCGGAGUUUGUGGGAAGCAGAACGAGCUGAAGGGACCGGUGCCUGCAAGUGUUGCGCAUCGUACCGCCGCCCCGCCUCGGGAAGGAGGCGGCGGUGGCGCUCCCCGAGGCGGUGGCCGCCCACCGGGAGGCGGGUGGAGGGCGGGGGACGCAGCGGGAGGGGCGUCGGGGGCGUGUGGUGCCGGCACUGGCACUGGCACUGGCACUGGCACUGGCAGCGGCGGUGCCGACCUCAGCCCGAACAGCCCACAGCUGCCGCAGCCGCAGCAGCAGCCCCAGGUCCCACAACACGCGGAAUUACUGGCGCUGUACGAGCAGCUGGUGGCGGAGGAUGAGGCACUAGAGGCCUCAGUGGCAGCAGCAGCAGCAGAAGCACCAGCAAUACCAGCAAGGGAUAUCGUACAGCUCCAGCCACCCGCGGCAGCAGCGGCGAUGGGCGCCACCACUUCCGCAGCCGCUACAGCAGUAGCAGUAGCAGCUAGCAGCAGCAGUAGUGGUGCUGUCCCCGGCGGCCAGGGGUCGAGGCCGCCGCCGGGAACCAGGCUCUGGGUAAAGACCCCGGGCUACUGCCACUGGCCCGCGGUGGUGUUUUCACUUCGCUAUUGCCGCAAGUCUGAGGUCCCCGACCUGCUGGCGAGCUACCAACCCGGUUGUACCCUCGUACACUUUUAUGGGGAGCACAACCACAUGUGGCUGCCCGCAGAGGAGGUGGCGCUGCUGGCGGCGGCGGCGGCGGACCCGCGCGAGGAGCAGGAGAGGCGGGAGGGGCUGAUGCUUCGCCUGCUGCACCCUGCCCUGCAGCAGUCGGUGGUAACCCCGGGCCCAGUCUGGGGGGGCGCUGCCCGGCGGGAAGUGGUGCGGGUGGUGGCAUUGCGGGAGGCGCGGAUGGCGGCGGAGGAGGAGCGCCGGGAGCAGGAGGCGUGGGAGUUGCUGCUCACGGGGGCCAGGGAGGGGGCUGCGGCCACUGCGGGACCUCCAGGCGGCGGCAGGCGGGGAGGCGGAGGCGGGGCCCCGGGGGGCAGUAGCGGCGCUGGGUUUGGGGGUGCGGGUGGCGGCCGCGAUAGAGAUGGGCUGGGGAUGCGUGCUGCGGGAGGUGGCGGGGAGGGCGGUGUGGGCGGGUGGCGCUCCCGGCUGCGAGUGUGUGCCGCCUGCGAGGAGCCCGGAGGCCAGGUGAGCUGCCCGCACUGCCGGCGGGCCUACCACACGCUGUGCCUCACACCACGCUGGCUAAGCCCCGCCUUCAUGCCGCCGCACCACCCCUGGACCUGCGCCAACUGCGGUAGCGAGAACGAGGCCCCCCAGGGACCCCAGUCCAGUGGCGGCAACCAGGAUGGUUCACUGGAGGCGGAGCGCAUGGGUCUGACCCCCGACUGGAUCAUCAUGGCAGCGGCCUUCAAGGUCUUCCAGCUCCCGCGCCCCACCGCCUCUGCCCCCUACAUCCGGGGCCUGCUGGACCCUUGCACCAAUAGCAAGGCAAAUCCGAAUAUUCCCGCUGAGAAGCUGUACGACAAGUCGGAUGACGGUCUCAAGCUGUCCAACAGCUGGUCUGGCUACCACGUCAUUCUGAAUCCCGAGUACACCUCACAGACUCAGUGGAGGUUCGUGAACCGGGCCAUAGAUGAGGUGGAGAACGGCUGUGUGCCCGCAGUGCUGCUGCUGUGCCGCAACUCCACCGACACAGCGUACUUCCAGAGACUGCGGCCCUACCCCAGAGUCAUGCUCAAGAGGACCAGCGCCCGCUUCAAGGACUAUGAGAAGACCCCCAUCGGCUUCGGCAUCGCGGUGUUCUGUAUCGCCCCGCGGGGCCCGGGUCGGACGACCCUCUACCGGAGAUUCAUUGACGCGUUUGGAGACUGGGGGGAGCCCAACAUACCCAUUGAUGCGGCCUUCGUGUCCAGCCCCGCCUUUUCGGAGCUGCUGGACCGCCUGGCGGACCACACCACCCGGCACAUGCGGGACACCUGGGUGCAGUGCAGCGCGUGCAGGAAGUGGCGCAUUGUGCCGUACGAGGUGUACCGGCUUCUGGAGGACCAGCAGCGCCAACAGCAGCCCCAGCUCCAGCUCCAGCUCCAGGACCAGCCGCAUCAAGUUGCGAGCCAGGAGGAGGAGAGGGAAGCGGAGCGGCGGGAGGGCAGCCGUGACGCAGGGACCGGGGACGACACGCCGCCGCCGUCAGCAGGGGUACCGGGCUUAGGGCCAGUUCCAGGUCCGGGUAUUGAAGCUGCUGAAGCUGCUGGCGGUGCCGGUGCCGGUGCCGGUGGCAGAGAGGCAGAACGGGCGAGGGCGGUGGACCGGCGGCCGCUGCUGGCCGGGUCCUGGACUUGCGCGCAACUCGGCUCUGGCUCGGGCUGUUACCGCCCUCAGAGCCGGGUGGAGGCCGCCGGAGUGCACUACGCCCGGCAGCGGGGAGCCCCGCGACCCCCAGGAGCCCACCGGGCUGCUGGGGCGGGGCCGGUCGACCAGCACCAGCACCAGCACCAGCACCAGCACCAGCGCAGGUGGAGACACUGUCCGGAGGGGGGUCUCAAGGGCUUGCCGGGGAGUUUGGUGUCGCGGUUGUAA